AUGGAUGUCUCUCUUUGCCCAGCCAAGUGUAGUUUCUGGCGGAUUUUCUUGCUGGGAAGCGUCUGGCUGGACUAUGUGGGCUCCGUGCUGGCUUGCCCUGCAAAUUGUGUCUGCAGCAAGACUGAGAUCAAUUGCCGGCGGCCGGACGAUGGGAACCUCUUCCCCCUCCUGGAAGGGCAGGAUUCGGGGAACAGCAAUGGGAACGCCAGCAUCAACAUCACGGACAUCUCAAGGAAUAUCACUUCCAUACACAUAGAGAACUGGCGCGGUCUGCACACGCUCAACGCCGUGGACAUGGAGCUCUACACCGGACUCCAAAAGCUGACCAUCAAGAACUCAGGACUUCGGAGCAUCCAGCCCAGAGCCUUUGCCAAGAACCCACACUUGCGCUAUAUAAACCUGUCCAGUAACCGGCUCACCACACUGUCAUGGCAGCUCUUCCAGACGCUAAGUCUUCGGGAAUUGAGAUUGGAGCAGAACUUCUUCAACUGCAGCUGUGACAUCCGCUGGAUGCAGCUGUGGCAGGAGCAGGGGGAGGCCAGGCUGAACAGCCAGAACCUCUACUGCAUUGGUGCCGACGGCUCCCAGCUCCCCCUCUUCCGCAUGAACAUCAGUCAGUGUGACCUUCCUGAGAUCAGUGUGAGCCAUGUCAACCUGACCGUCCGAGAGGGUGACAAUGCUGUCAUCACUUGCAAUGGCUCUGGAUCACCCCUGCCUGAUGUGGACUGGAUAGUCACUGGACUACAGUCCAUCAACACCCACCAGACAAAUCUGAACUGGACCAAUGUACACGCCAUCAACCUGACGCUGGUAAAUGUGACGAGUGAGGACAACGGCUUCACCCUGACGUGCAUUGCAGAGAACGUGGUGGGCAUGAGCAAUGCCAGCGUCGCCCUCACCGUCCACUACCCUCCACGCGUGGUGAGCCUGGAGGAGCCCGAGCUGCGCCUGGAGCACUGCAUUGAGUUCGUGGUGCGUGGCAACCCACCGCCCACACUGCAUUGGCUGCACAACGGGCAGCCACUGCGGGAAUCCAAGAUCAUCCAUGUGGAGUACUACCAGGAGGGCGAGGUUUCCGAGGGCUGCCUGCUCUUCAACAAGCCCACCCACUACAACAAUGGCAACUACACCCUUAUUGCCAAAAACCCACUGGGCACAGCCAACCAGACCAUCAAUGGCCACUUCCUCAAGGAGCCCUUUCCAGAGAGCACGGAUAACUUUGUCUCUAUCUACGAAAGCCCCACACCUCCUAUCACUGUGACCCACAAACCAGAGGAAGACACUUUUGGGGUAUCCAUAGCUGUUGGACUUGCUGCUUUUGCCUGUGUCCUGUUGGUGGUUCUCUUUAUCAUGAUCAACAAGUACGGUCGACGGUCCAAAUUUGGAAUGAAGGGUCCCGUGGCUGUCAUCAGUGGUGAAGAGGACUCAGCCAGCCCACUGCACCACAUCAACCAUGGCAUCACCACACCCUCGUCACUGGAUGCCGGGCCGGACACGGUGGUCAUCGGUAUGACCCGCAUCCCAGUCAUCGAGAACCCCCAGUACUUCCGUCAGGGACACAACUGCCACAAGCCAGACACAUAUGUGCAGCACAUUAAGAGGAGGGACAUCGUAUUGAAGCGAGAACUGGGAGAGGGAGCCUUUGGAAAGGUCUUCCUGGCUGAGUGCUACAACCUCAGCCCCACCAAGGACAAGAUGCUGGUGGCCGUGAAGGCCCUGAAGGAUCCCACCUUGGCUGCCCGGAAGGACUUCCAGAGGGAGGCCGAGCUGCUCACCAACCUGCAGCACGAGCACAUUGUCAAGUUCUAUGGGGUGUGUGGUGAUGGGGACCCCCUCAUCAUGGUCUUUGAGUACAUGAAGCAUGGAGACCUGAACAAGUUCCUCAGGGCCCAUGGGCCAGAUGCUAUGAUCCUCGUGGACGGGCAGCCACGCCAGACGAAAGGCGAGCUGGGGCUCUCCCAGAUGCUCCACAUCGCCAGUCAGAUUGCCUCGGGCAUGGUGUACCUGGCCUCCCAGCACUUUGUGCACCGGGACCUGGCCACCAGGAACUGCCUGGUUGGAGCCAAUCUGCUGGUGAAGAUCGGAGACUUCGGCAUGUCCAGAGAUGUCUACAGCACCGAUUACUACAGGCUCUUUAAUCCAUCUGGAAAUGAUUUUUGUAUAUGGUGUGAGGUGGGAGGACACACCAUGCUCCCCAUCCGUUGGAUGCCCCCUGAAAGCAUCAUGUACCGGAAGUUCACUACGGAGAGUGACGUGUGGAGCUUCGGGGUGAUCCUUUGGGAGAUCUUCACCUAUGGAAAGCAGCCAUGGUUCCAGCUGUCAAACACAGAGGUCAUCGAGUGCAUCACCCAAGGUCGUGUUUUGGAGCGGCCCCGAGUCUGCCCCAAAGAGGUGUAUGAUGUCAUGCUGGGGUGCUGGCAGAGGGAACCACAGCAGCGGCUGAACAUCAAGGAGAUCUACAAAAUCCUCCAUGCUUUGGGGAAAGCCACCCCCAUCUACCUGGACAUCCUCGGCUAGUGGUGGCCGGUGGUCUCGAAUUCAUACUCUAUUGCCUCCUCUCUCUCGGCCUCACAUCCCUCCUUUUCCACCUCACUACUCCUUUUUUCCAUCCUUGACUGAAGCAAACAUCUUUAUAUAAACUCAAGUGCCUGCUACACAUACAACACUGAAAAAAAAAGAAAGAAAAAACCCUGGAAGGCAGUUUGGCAUAUAUAUAUAUAUAUAUAUAUAUAUAUAUAUAUAUAUAUUUAUAUAUCUAACUAUCUAUCUAUCUAUAUCUACAGAGAGAUACCUUCUUCUCUAAUACAGAGAGAAGCUGCUGAUACAGAAACCAUAAGACUGUAACAACUCAGAAAAUCUUAAAUAUUAUUACGAAUGCAAAUGAAAAUUCCCGUUGACUUAAGCUGUGGCCCGUGCUUCUUUAGCUCCGGCUUUUCAGAGCAGAAGAACUUGACGAUUCAGAAAGACAAUCUUCGUGCUGGGACGGGAGGAGCUAGGGUGGAGUGCAAAUCACCAGUGCACAGGUGAUCACCUGGGCAGAUGUGUUACCCCUAAGCUCUGCACAGGUGCAUGGGCAGAGCACAUAGACUGCACUCAGCAAGGAGAUAUCACUGGCCCAGGGGCCUCUGGAACGUCUCAUGUCUCCCCUGACCGUUGCCCCCAUGCCUUCCCCCUUUCCUCCACUUCAAGACAAGGUUCUCAUUUAUCCAUUCUAGAAAGUAGAGUCCUGAUGCUUUUGGGAGUCAAUGAUGGUGCCUACAGGUAAACACAGAACAACAACAACAGCACCACCACCAUGAUGACAGUGGCCUGCAUCCAGCUCGGGUGUAAACCACGCUCAAGUUCCUUCCUAAAUUUGAAAGACAUGUGUCAUCUAUCCUCUGAACUUCAAGAACUGGACUUUCUGGACUUAACCACAGAAGGAAAAGCUGAAAUCCAAACCCUAUCAGGGCACUGCCUCCUGUCUUUCCAUCACUGGGGAGACUCCUUGGCCCCACCUCCCACAUUCAGCCCUUUGGGGAGUUUUAGGGGGUAGGGAACGCAUCCUCCCUGUUGUCUACGAACAUGGACACAGCAGGAUCCCAACAGCAGGAGACUUAGUUCCUUGUAUGUCAUUAUAAGGUAUGCCCCUCGAGGUCCUCUGUUUCUCAUCCUGCCUCCCUAGGUCCUAGCCCCCACUCCCUGGGCCUCUACCAAGUCCCAGGUAACCCCACUGCUGGGGAGGGAGCCAGGUCUAGCAAGAGGCUGGGCAAUGCUUAUUUCAGGGAGCCAGGCAGUGGAGUGGGCAGGAGCCAGCAGGGGAGAAUCUAUUUGGCACCUGCACCCAGCCCCUUGGCAUUCUCCUCACGUUUCUAGCCCCUGGAAGGAUUGAUGCAUCUGCCUUUGAGCUACUGUGAAAAUGCAGGGGCUGAGAAAUCGCUUUUGUGGGCUGGGGGCAGGGGGAGGGGCCGAGGCUUCUCUGGGAGAUGUCCGAUGCAUGGCCGCUGCUGCAGGCUUGGCAUCUUAAUGAGGACUGAGCCCCGACCAGGGAGAGAGAAUGAAGCAUCUGGGCUGAGUCCAGCUCCCUCUGCCCCAGCACCCGGGGAAUCACUGCCUUCCCGGCUGCUGCUGUCAAGGACUGCAACAGGAGCAGAUCUCUGGGCCUCUCUGAUACAUGACAGUGAAAUGCUCGUGGAAGCCAACAGCCUGGCCCCACAGAGCCCUCCUGCUGGGGAGGAGAGGACGUGCCCCUCCCAGGCCACCAGCCCCUCUACUGUACUCCAAGCACAGAGCGAUCUAAUGGGCUGGCCUUUGCCCAACUGGAGCCUCCUGGGGGCCUCUGGCCUGUACCAUGCCCUGCCAGCUUAAGGGACUGUCGGCAGCCUGGACGUCCUGGUCAGCCGCAGUGUGGGCAUCCCUAUGUGGGGUUCAGGACUGAAUUCUAUGUUUGUGGUUUCUCUUCUUUUUUUAGACCAACAAAUGUUUUUAUUCAAAUAGAAAAGAGCUGUGCUCGGACUAUAGGCCACGGUUGGGAUUCAUGGAUCAGUGAGGCUGCUCAGUUGGACUGGGAGGGGAGGAAGGUGAGCUGGGGUUUGGUGUGGAGUUCUCUCUGUGCUGUGCUUCCAGCCCUGAGGACUUUCGAGGAGAGCUCUUUGGAUUGACCACCUCAAAGGAAUCCUUUGCUAUCCUAUGGCAAUUACCCCUCUUGUCUUUCCACCUGGAGGCCCUUGGUCUAUUCUGGGGCUGUUAGUGCUGGAUGGAGUUAUGCAGCCUGGUUUUGAGUGGGGUAAAUAAGGGAAAGAUGUUCAUGGAGGGAGCGAUCGGGAGGGCCUGAGGGAAAAGUGUUUUCCGGUGAGAUGUGAGGCUCAAAGGCUCCUGUUGCUGCCACAUCAUCCCCCAAACAGACACAAUGUGGCUCCCACUGAUGGUCUGGGAAGAAGCAGCGGGACAAUGGAAAGGGAUUAGAGGCUGGUGGGCAACCAGGUAUGAGGAACGUGCUAGGGUUUCAACUCAGGGCACUGAGUCAUCACGGCCUAAUGGAAGAAAGCAAUUCCUUGGAACAAGAAGCACGGAAGGAGACCAGAGUUGUCAGAUUGCCCUUGUCUUAGUCCCGCAGGCCUCUGUGUUGGCCUGGGAUUCAUGGCUUCCUUGUGUUCAUUGUGAGCAGCUGCCUGUCUUAAGAGUAGAAGAAAAAGAGCAAGGGGGAGUAGAGAAGGUUGACCUGCUUUCUCACUGCCCUCGCUGGACUCUCUGUGUAGAGUCUGCAUGUUGAUUUAUCAACCUCGGCAGGUAAAAAAGUAUAAAGAUUUUUGGAGAGUAAAGGAGGCAGAGAAUGGGGCUGUGGAAAUUGAAUGGGUACUCUAGGGCUCUGGAGAGGGGGCUGAGUUUAUUAUUUCUCCUGUUCUGGGGCAGGACCAAUAAGACUCACUUAACUGUGUCUCAGUUUCCCCAUCUGCAAAAUGCGGGCUGUACUUGCUAGUCUCUGGUCCCUUCUAGCUCUGAAAUUCUUAGAUUCUAACAGCAUUGACUUGCUGUGUCAUUUUUCUCAGUCCACUCUGGAAUGCCCUUCAGCCCUCCACAGGCCUUGCACAAGUUGGGAAAAGCUGCCUCUGAGGGCUUGUAGGCCUGGGCAUGGGUCGGUUUCAGUGAGACACUUCUCUCCUUCUUUGCGGCUAUGCCACAACAAUUCAGAGGCUGAAGUGUCUGAGGCUACUUUAGGCCCUGAGGGAGUACUUGGUCUCCUUCUCCUUUCAAGCCUUCCUACACACCUGAGAAGCACUGGCAAAGGUUUAUUUAUUUAUUUAUUUUCAAAGAACCUAAUGUGAUAAAUGACUCUUGAAAUGACAUCCCAUUAGCCAAUAUGGCCACUCCAGUUCACCCCACUCUCAUUCCUCCAUACCAAAAUCUGCAUUUUAAAAGACCAGGACAGAGCGGCUGUGAGAGUGUAGCUUGAUGUGAGCUCCAUCAUGACUGUUGAUGGCUGCUCCAGGUCAUCCAGGCUGAUCUCCCUGCCAUGCCAUCCUCACCUGGUCCCUUCCUGGACUGAGUGAGAGUGACUUGCUGCUGUUGGAUGCCCACCUUGGAGUAGGGUGCCGUGGACAAGGGUCCUCCCAGUUCUUCUUUGCCUUGGAUAUGAACCAAGUGCUGCCCUCUAACUAUGUCCCUGACCUCUGAGUGGAUCUUAAGAGUCACUAAGCCUCCUCUUGUUAACAGACAAAGGACUUGGUGCUUCCUCCACUCAGCAGAUCAUGCACAAAUCAUCCUUGGAGAGAUGCUUCCCACUGGAGGCAAAGGAUCUUUGGUCCUUCUGGGUUCAGGAUGAACAUUACCAUUCUUCUCUCAUGAUGCUUACUUUGCGGAAUACACUAGUGCAAGUAUUUUUGGUGCUAAAUACUACAGAAACCAACACCAACAGAAGAGCUGACAGCCAAUUUCUGGGGCUGCAUGAGACUCAACUCAGAAGCAAAAGUGAGUUAGUCAUGCUGGGAGAGUACAGGAUACAUGGGAAGUUAGGUGGACGUGUGAGGUGGUGGAAAGACUAUCGGAAUUCCUGGCUUAGCUCUUAGUUACCCAGGUUACCUUGGCUAGGUCUGCUAAUCUUUCAGAUGGUCAGAUUUCUCAUCUGAGACAUUUAAGAGGUUGGAAUAGAUAUCCUGGGGGUCCCUUUCAGUUAAAAAAAAUCUAUGUUCUGUUCCCACCUGUAUUUUUGUUGUUGUUGCUGUUUGUUUGUUUGUUUGUUUUUAAACUUGCUUGUAAGAAAUAAGAGAGAAAAUGAAAGGUAGGUAAGGAAGGGGAGGGGGAAAAGUUACCAAUGGCAAGAAAUUGAUUAUAGAAGGCAAAUAGGAACGGCUCAGUGACUGUUAGAUUUGAGGGGUAUUGGUGGGAAGAGCCAGGCUGAUAAGCCAAGGGCCGCAUUUUUGUGCUCUUCAAGGGAGGAUGCCACCUGGCCCCUGGGCUGACUUCCACCGGGCAGUCCUCCUAACUAGCCAUGUACUCCAUUCAAUACCAACAUACCCAAGUUGGCAGAAAUUAUUCCAAGAUACAGAGACAGGCCUGCCCACUUGUCAUGCAGGCCACUGGCAAUCUAAACGUUGGUCAAAAAUCGAGAUUUUUCCCAUUAGCUGCUAUUUUAAGGAGGUAGGAUGUUGGAAAGAAGGCACCAUUUUAAGUUUCAGACGAUUCACCAAAGUCCUUUUCUGUUCAGGAACGACUAAUGGCUUCCUUGCUGUCCUUUUCCAAACCAAACAGCAGCAGUAUUAUCUUGACUCAAGGUACAGUUGCUGCAACUUGAGAUUGCAGCCUUGAGAUUUGGGAGUCUUCCCUGUGCUUUGCUCAGAGUCUGAAGCAAAGAAAGAUCUAUAGAUGUUUGUUGAAUGAACCCAUGUUCCGGCCGUCCAGAGAGCUGCCCUCCACUGUCCCUGGGAUGUCUAUUGUCAGCUUUGGUUGGGAGCCAACCUGCUAGAAUACCGAAAGGCGUUUGCCUUAGAGCAAAAAAUGGCACCUUUUUGGUCCCUGGAGCACCAACUUCUUCUUUGAUACCAAAUAAAUUUUUUUGGCCAACCCUUAAUAGGUUUUAAAAGAAAAUUCCAAGUUUUUGUAUCAUUAUUAAAAUAUCAAUAUAGACUUCAGAAAAUAUUUCAAGAUUGCUUAACAUCACUAGAGUGCCAUCCUGGGGAAAGCAUAGCCUGUAGACAUUGUAUGCUUAUAUCUGUAUAUUUAAUUGGAAGGGCUUUAGUGAAGGUCCGCUUGGAGUCAGCACAUUGAUUUCAUAAUGCUUCAUCUCUUUGAGCCUUAGAUUUCUCAGGGGUAAGAAAUCCAGAGAUGGACUGGCCUAAGAGACAUUCACAAAGGUACUGAGGGGAAAUCCGUCAUCUUGUAAAGUUUGAUCGUUUGGUGCUCCCUGAAUUAAAUUAUGCUGAUGACAACAUUCUGAGCAUCUGAAAAUCACUCUUCCUGGUUGUUUGAUAGAUUACCACAUGGGAGCCUUUUCUACCACAUUCCAUUUGGGGUUUGGUAUUGAGUACACCAGCACUGAAGUUAAACCCACCACCUAGGAGGAAUGCGACAGAGAGAAUGUGAGAUGUUGAUAAUUGCUCACUGUUCCUGAAAGGCAUUGCUGACUGUGGUGGAUGUGGUAACUAUUUGUGUCACUGCAUUGUGUAUUGGGACUUUUGCCAGGACCAUAGGCUGUUCCACCCUAAGGACUUGAAUCUUGGCUUCUGAUAGAGUCUGUUUCCCUGGUGCAUUCUCCCAGGCAUAGUUCUGUUGACGGCCUAAAAUACUUCUAUGCUCUGCAACAAGUGAUGUUUCCGGCCCAAGUCUCAGUGGGCCAACAUAGACACUUUUCUAUUUCCCAAGGUAUCCCUGGGGACUGGGGGACCGCCUCAAAGUACUUGAAAUUCUUGAUCAAAGUAAUAAAAUUUGGAUUCCCCUUCCUCUUUAGCUAACUAAGUUCCAAAUUUAAAACAAAGCUUGGUUUGACAUGUGCAGUAGGGACAAUGUCCUAAACCAGCGUGCUGGGUUAUCUCCCAUCAUAGAGAGGCAGGGCAUUACAGCUACCUGGCAUUAAUUAAUUUUUCCUAAUCACCAAGGUAAACAUUGCUUUGUGUGCAGUACCAUGACCCAAGCUUGUAGCUUGCAAGAGAUACUUACGGCCAAGAAUACUAGACGUUUCUAACAGAAGGUGUGUCAAGAUAAUGUAGAUGAGGAAAGGCCUAUUGGAUGUCUGCUUCUGGGAAGUGCCUUGGCACUCAGGUCUUGCUUUUCAGUUUAACAUCUUAUGAGAGGAGGGGAUUUCUCCUCACUUUGGACGAUGAUAAAUUUAGACAUCCUUCCUGAAUGUGCAAAGGUAGACUGAGAACCCAGGUGUCCACUGUAUACUUGGACACUGUUUUAGCUGCACCAUCCCUAAAGCCCAAUGAGAAACGUGAGUGCUCAAGUCUAAGCCUGGUAGUUCGUCCUUCAUUUGAGAAGAGUGUAUGGGGAUCACACACACACACAAAAGAAGUUUGUAAUAUGUUAACUGGUAGGACAUAUUCAAAUGACUAGCUUCCUUAAAUGUUUUGCUUUUUCUUGGAGAAGCGUCCACAUUCCACCUCCAUUUAACAGCUACCUGACACUUAGCUCACGCCUCCGAGCCCACCUUUGGAGUGAAUAA